AUGCCGCCGCCGCCGGCGACGCUGCCGGACGAGCUCCUCGAGGAGAUCCUCCUCCGCCUCCCGCCGGACGACCCCGGGUGCCUCUUCCGGGCCUCCCUCGUCUGCAAGCCCUGGCGCAGCCGCCUCACCGGCCCCGCCUUCACCCGCCUCUACCGCGAGUUCCACGGGGCGCCUCCCUUGCUGGGGUUCUUCGAGAACGACGAGACGGUACUGUGCUGGUUUUCUCCCUUGCCCCCCACCUCCCCCUUCUUCCCGGUCCACCCCGGCAAGUGUAGUCUCUUCGUGCUCGACUCGCGCCAUGGCCUGGUCCUCUCAAAUACCAUCGGCCCGGACGGCGAACCCCUCUGCCUCAUCGUGUGGGACCCCGUCGGCCACCGCCAGUGGCGGCUGCCCUUGCCGGAUUUCGUGGACUGGCCAACCGUCCCAGACUGCGCGGCGGCGGUGCUCUGCGCCGCCGAUGGCUGCGACCACCUCGACUGCCCUGGCGACCCCUUCCGUGUGGUCUAUGUGGGCACCGAUGACGAUGGCGUCGCGCAAGCUUGCGUCUACUCUUCAGAGUCCCGUGCCUGGAGCCCCGUGACGUCUUGUGAGCACCCUGACUUGCCCCUGCACGUCAUCAGCUCUCGGCCCAAUGCCCUUGUGGGAGAUGCAGUGUAUUUCUUGUGCCAUCAGGAAACGUUCAUCCUGCAGUAUGACUUGUUGAACCAGGAACUAUCAAUGAUUUACUGGCCACCCUUGCCAAAGUGUAAGUGCGACGAGUAUAUCGUUAUGGCCACAGAGGACGGUGAGCUGGGAUGUGCCACCCUGAAGGAGUCCAAGCUCGAACUAUGGUCGAUGGAGGCUGACGCAGGUGGAGCUGUGAAAUGGGUAACACGCAGAGUCGUCGACCUCCAGAACUUGCUACCCUCUCCCCCCAGAUUUUUGGUCUGCUGCGCCAAUGGGGUUCAUGUCUUUUUCGCGAGGACAGAUCUUGGCACCUUCACAGUUGAGCUUAAUUCAGGCCGAGUCAAGAAGGUAUCCAGCAGCAGCGAAGUCAUUCCCUACAUGAGGUUCUACACUCCAGAUCUAGCUCCAUCAACCAUGGCCUCCUCCUCAGAGAACAUUGAGACGGCCCAAGACGAGCACCAUGAUCAACUGUUACCGCACUCAACUGGGGAUGUGGGUGAUGAGAAGGAGAAAUGGGUAGAGAAGGGCGAGGAGGAUUGUGAAUGGGAGGACGGAUGGGAGGAGGAGGCCGAGGAAGAGAAGUGGGAAUGGGAGGGGAAGAAAGCUCUAAAGGAGCUGUUUGACAAGGGGUCCAAGGCGAUUGAGGAGGAGCAAUUCGUUCACGCCAAGCACUGUUUCCAUGAUGUCCUUGAGAGUAGGACGUUAUAUUAUGGGAGGCUUUCUCCAUUGUGUAUUAGCACAUAUUACAAAUAUGGACUUACUUUGCUGUACAAAGCUCGAGCCGAUAUUGCACCGUAUCAAGACUUAGUGAAGGGAGAUGAUACUGGAAUCUCAAUGGCAUCUGGUAGCAAUGUAAAGGAAGGUGAUACUGGAAAAGAUUUGGAUCUGGCCUGGAAAAUGUUCCAUAUUGCUAGAGCAAUAAGUGAAAAUUGCCCUUGGAUGCCUAUGGUUAAAGUUGAUAUAUAUUGUGCUCUUGCUGAAGUUUCUAUGGAAAGAGAAGACAUAGACUACUCACUCCGUGCUAGGUUCAAAGCUUUAGCCAUCUUGGAGCAUUUGGUUGAGCCUGACCAUUGUCGGAUUGUCUUGCUAAACUUCCACAUAUUCCUGGCUUUCACGUCGGCAUCGAAAAUUCGAGACGCGCUCCCAUAUGUUAUAAAGGUUGUGUCAUUGUACAAGUCACGUGUGCGGAAGCUGAGAAAGGCUCUCGAAGAUUUGCUGGCUGUUAAAGGUGAGAAUGCACCUGCUGCUGAAGUUGGCUCAGAAGAGUUGUCACUGGACAAUGAGAUAGAUGUGCUUAAUAAUAUAUUGACUGCACUAGAGAACAAGCUUGAAGACCUGACGCAAGCAACAAUAACCCCAGUCUCGGUGGCAAGUGGAAUGUAUAACAUUGUCUAUGCUGUGCCAAGAGCUGCAUCUCCGACUUUACAAAUUGCUGGAGGAAGUAAUUCUGUGUCUACAGCAGCAACAGUCGAGACUCAGAGUAGUACUGGAAUCGAGCUUGAGACUGCAGGCCAGGGCAUGAAACAAGCUAAUGCCAAGCUGAUCUCUGCUGAACCUUCUUGA